AAGUGGCGACGAGACGUUAAAGUUUAAAAUGAAGCAGCAGAAGUGAAAGUUGUAGGUGGAUCUGAUAUGAAUCUGAGCUGCUGACUGAUGAGGUCAACAUGGCUGAAACACACAGAGGGACGACGCAGGGCAGGAAGAAGUGGUGUGUUCCUCAGAGAAGUGCGACUGAUGUUCGUCCUCCUGAGAGAGAAACUGACACACAUCUGGCGGUUCCUUUCAGAGGUCACAUCUCAGGCGGGAUGCGGCCAGGAAAAAAGGUCGUCGUGGUCGGUGUGGUGGACCCCCGUCCUGACAGGUUUUACAUCGCGCUGACGCGUGGUCGUGGAACGUCCCGGGAGCCUCCGCCUGAUGUGGCUCUGGAGCUCUGUGUUCGGUUCAAGGACCAACAAGUCCUGCGCAGAGCCUGUGAGUCCGGAUCCUGGGGGGACGCGGACAGAGCCGUGCCUUUCUUCCCCUUCAUCAAAGGCCAGCCGUUCAAGGCUGAGAUUCACUGUGAACACGGUCGAUUCCGUGUGUUUGUGGACGGACAGAAGCUGUUUGACUUCCACCACAGACUGACGUCACUCAGCGACAUCGACACGCUGUGGAUCAAAGGAAGCCUCACAAUAACCAAACUGGCCUGAAGACAGGGAAACUGUCAAACUGCUGACUGGACCAGAUGUUAAAACGGAGAGAAAAGAGUCUCAGUGUGUGUUUCAUGAUGAGGGAAGUGGAAACUGUGUCCUCUGUGACGACGUUGAAACAUUGUUUUGUUGUUGUUGGUUUCUCUUGCUGCCAUUAACUCGUUUUAAAUAGAUUUUAUUGCCUACAGAUGUUCCAGAUGUUCAGCUUCUCCGACUGUAAACAUGAAAAAAAUGUGUCUUGGGAUUUACUGAAGGCAACAGAGGCUGUGGUGGGAUUGUUUUUAAAUUUUGUUGUUUUUUUUAAUCACAUUUUAUUAUGAUUGGUGGAGAAAGUUUGGAGAUGAGUACGCUGUGAUCUGAAGGUGACGACUACCUCAAACCACACAGUGUGACGUCCUGCUGCCGUUUAGAAUUAAUAUGAUAUGCAUGAGUAUCUGUCUGAGAAAUAAAUCAUUAUGUUUGAACUCACUUUUUAUAUUCAGUGUGUGUCUCUGUGUCUUUACCAUCCAGUGAAAACUGACAGAAUAUGUUUGGAUUUUUUUGUAUAGUUUUUGAAAUAAAGUGAUUAAUGACUGCA